AUGUCAGAACAAGAGAGACCAAGCACCGGCGGCCGGGAGCCCUAUGAACGCCAUCAACGCAGUAAAAGUUCUCUCGUUCGGUUCGAGAAUGGCGUUCCCGUCAACAAAUGUGAUGCCGAUGGCAAGCCCAUGGCCCCAUCAGCUCCAUGGGAAGAAUUCAUGGCAGAGAUACCAGAAGCGUCCAAAGUUGAUUGGAAUGCCGAGGCAUCUUUUCCUCUGCCUGUUGAGUUGAGAAGCCCCCACAAGCGAAACAGGUCGUCGGUGUCGGAGGUGAAAGACGUUCCCAGAAAGAAACAAAGGCAGGAAUCACUCAAAUCACUUGCGGGCUCAAUCGAGAAGAUCUACAGGCCCGAGUCGCCAAUUGAUAGAAGUCGUUGGGAACCCAGCGACUUUCUGGUGGAGACGAACCACCUCUUUGAUCGGACGGCUGCUGUGUUCAGCAAGUUCGGUGACUCAAUUCUCGAGUAUCACCCGGCGUAUGGGUAUGAGUAUUGCGUGAAUGAGAAAAAGUACAUCAGUACCCUGGCUGUGCUUCACGAUGGCUUGUAUGGACGUCCAAAGGAGCGGGACAUUCUGAGACAGAUGGAGCUCAACGACGAAGUCUAUAGGAAAGAAGGAGGGGUCCAGGAGAAGGCGGAAGCUUUCUACAACGUGUUUUUGAAGGCUUUCAACCAAUUUGUUGAGGACAUACUAAAGUUCAACGCGGAGAUGACAGAUGCUUCCAUUCCUCAGGAUGUCAAAAUAGGGAUUCCAUUCUGUGAUACCUUUGAAGAGAAACUGGAUAAAAUGGAGAAUGAACUCAUUGCUUUGGUGGAAGCAGUCGAGAAAUUCAAAGGCGAAGUCCCUGCACUCCCCAAACCUGAAGAAGCGAAAAAGGAGGAUCAUAACAGCCCCUCGACCGAAGAAUGGGGGGAACCUGGCCCGGAUGUUGGCCAGCAUGGCGUUACUUCCGGCUAG